UUAGAUCUCCACCACUCACGCAUUCACAAGUGUUAAGCGAGUCUAUGCGUUACUGCUAGUGGCGUGAGGUCGAGAUUGGUUUGAUGCCGAUAUAUGGACAUACCUGAUGCGCUGGUGGGCAAGUUGGUGCUGGUGACGACGAGCUCCGUGUUUGCUGUGUUCUGCCUCUGGGUCAACUCUUACCCUUUUAUUGACGAAGACUCGUGGCUGAGCUUGUGGCUGCCGGACCCGCAGUGGUCGCUGCUGCUGUGCGGCGCCUGGGGGCUGCUAUUCGUGGGCGGCCUCAUGGCCUUCACGCUCUACCACCUCUACCCGCACCUCUCGCGCGACCCCCUGCCCCACUGACCGCCCGACUCACCACCCGUCUCACCGCCCGACACAACGCUACAGUCAUGGUCUCCAGACGCAAUGAUUGGAUUAUUAUAGGUAUAUCAGGCGUGACAUGCGGCGGCAAGACGUCGCUGGCCCACCAGCUGGCGAGCACGCUGGCGCCGGUGCACGUGUUCCACCAGGACAAGUACUUCUUCCCCGACGACAGCGCGCGGCACGUGCGCUGCGCGUCGCUGCCGCACAACAACUACGACAUCCUCUCCGCGCUCGACAUGGACGCCAUGCUGCGUGACGUCACGCGCACGCUCGCCGGCGACGACCGAGCGCACGCCACCACCACUGACGUCACGGGGAGAUAUACACGCCCGGGGAAGAAGUUCCUUAUAGCCGAGGGCUUCACCGUGCUCAACUACCCGCCCAUCAUGGAGAUGUGUGAUCUCAGAUACUACUUCGUGCUGGAGCUGGGCGAGUGCCGAGCCCGGCGGGCGCUGCGGUUGUACGAGCCGCCCGACAUCGAGGGCUACUUCGAGCUCUGCGUGUGGCCCGAGCAUCUCAACUACAAGGCAGAGAUCGAGAAAGACAAGCGCGUGAAGAUAUUGGACGGCACUCGCGCGGACGCCUUCGACAUCGUGAUGGAAGACAUCAAGGCGCUCAACACAUAACCCGUGUGACGUCAUCGCUACACUUCGGAUAACUUCGGCCGACAUCGGCAAACCUCGGGCAACUUCGGCAGCGCUCGGCCGCUCGCUUAAUGUUUACGAAUAAGUCAAAAUAAACGCAAAUUCUCAAAUAUCUAGUUGUAACCAUCGGCUAAUUGGAUGGUUUAUUUAUUUCCCAGUUACGCCCAUUUUCACACCGACGACAUAAACGUCCGUUUUCUUAAAACUGUACUUUGAACAUUAUCGUUUAUGUUAUCGGUGAACUGGAGCGUUAAUUGGUUAGGCAAAUGUCCAAUAUGUAAGUAAUUGCUUAAGAUCGUGUAGUCGCCAAAAAUCUAGCCAAUUUUAUAUUGUAAAGUUAAAAUUAGUUGUUUUUCAUAUUACAUUGGUAUAUUCUAUAGUUUUAAUAAAAUUGACUUGUAUUUGUUUUUAUAAAUGUUAUUAGGAAUCGAUAAAUUAAUUAGACUUAUGUUUCGUCUUUAUUUUUGAUCAUGAGAAUUGAGGCAGGUCGAGAAUUCAAAUCACUCAUCUAUCAAGUGAGAUAUCGAGAGUACACUCAAUGCAACAUUUAUAAUGUAAGACACAAACAAACAAUGAAGGCAAUUUUACAUAAAGCUCUGUAUAAAUCGUGCGUGUUAACAGAGAUACAUCAAAUGACCGCUGCCAGUCAUCAUUGUGUUUACGGCUCAGUAAAUAAGAUAUCUUAACGCUAAAUUUGUUACAGGCUAUUUAAAGUUUGUAAUAUGAUAUUUAUAAAUUGGAAAUAUUUUUGUAUACAGUAUAUUUAACUCUACAGCUACUAUACACCGCAAGUCGCCUUACGCACCUUACGCUGACUUACGAAUAUAUCUUUAAAUGAUUAUUUUGAGAAAGUUGAGACGACGUGAAAAUAAUACGCUUGAAUGAGACGGAUGCUAUGCACAUGUACUAGAGUAUAUAAGAAUUAUAAUGAAUGAGAUGUGACAAUUAACGUCAGUUCACACAUACUGGUGGAUAUCGUUAUAAUUCAAGACUUCAUAUCGACUCCAUUCCUAUCUGUUUGUGUGAACUGGCUCUAACACGGGUGCCGGCGGAGUGAGUGGUAGUCAAUUGCACGUUUUAACUAUAAGUAUUGUUAAAUUAUUCAUUUUCAAUAAACUUUGAUCAUGUA